UCUCCCGGUCGUAACGCGACGUCUCUCUUUCCUCCUCUCCGCUGGCGACAUAAGCGACGCGCGACCGACGCCCCGUGCUCCUCUCCCAAACCAACAGCGAUUUGUUGCUUUGCGAUGCGGGACCCAGAGCCAUGAAAAUGCUUCGGUUCCGGAGUCCGAGCAUCUCCUCCCUCGCGCAGGAGGUCCGGUGCACGGUUCGCCUGCUCGACGACUCCGAGAUCGCGUGCAGCAUCCAGAGAGACACUAAAGGACAGUUUCUCUUGGAUCAUGUGUGUAAUCACUACAGCUUGCUGGAGAAGGAUUACUUUGGCAUCAGAUAUGUGGAUCCAGAGAAACAAAGGCAUUGGUUGGAUCCAAGCAAACCAGUCGUGAAACAGAUGAAAUGUCAGCAGCCGUACACUAUGUGCUUCAGGGUGAAGUUCUACCCUCAGGAGCCGAUCAAGAUCAAGGAAGAGCUGACAAGGUAUCUUCUGUACCUGCAGCUGAAGAGAGACGUGUACCAUGGUAGGCUGUUGUGUCCCUUCGCUGAUGCUGCGUAUCUUGGAGCCUGUAUAGUACAGGCUGAGCUUGGGGACUACGAUCCUGAGGAACAUCCUGUAGAAUACAUCAGCGACUUCAAGCUCUUCCCCAAACAGUCCCUCAAACUAGAGCGCAAGAUCAUGGAGAUCCACCAGAAUGAGCUGAGGGUACAGUGUCCUGCCCUCGCCGAGUUAAAUCUUCUUCAGAGGGCUCACACACUGGACACAUAUGGAGUCGACCCACAUCCCUGCAAGGAUUUCACAGGAUCCACAGCCUUUCUGGGAUUCACUGCAAGAGGGUUUGUGGUUUUCCAGGGAAAUAAGCGGAUCCACCUUUUAAAAUGGGCAGAUGUCAGCAAAUUUAAGUUUGAAGGGAAAACGUUUUAUGUUAUUGGAGUGCUAAGAGAGAAGAAACUGGUUCUGACGUUCCACACCUCCACACCCGCAGCCUGCAAGCACCUGUGGAAAUGUGCCGUGGAAAACCAGGCUUUUUACAAAUGUGCAAAGUCCAGUCAGAUCAAGACUGUGUCCAGCAGCAGUAUAUUUUUCAAAGGAAGCAGAUUUCGCUACAGUGGUCGGGUGGCUAAAGAAGUGAUUGAAGCCAGUUCAAAGAUUCUGAGAGAACCUCCUAUUGUACACAGGUCUCAGUUUGGUCAGAGCAGAAGCUUUACUUCUCUCAGCCAUAAACAGCUGAUAAUGAACAUGGAGCCUCUUCUACCAGCACUGAGCUCCAGCAGGGAAAACAGAGUCUCCUCUGCAGACAACGGACUCUCAGCUUUGAAAGACUCGGUUCAUCUGUCCCCACUGAAACCAUCGGUCACUCCUGAGGAGGUGGAGAUGGAGGAGAGGGAAAACCACGUUCUGGACAGACACGAAGACGAGGCAGCCAACAGGACGAGAGCGGAUGAGGAAAGGAGAGAGAUACACGUAGACCAAGAAGAUGAAGUGUGCGCGGAUCUCACCAUAUCUGACACAGCGUACAGCCCGUGUGCCAGCAUGGUGCCCACGCCGGUGGAGGAGAGCCAGGGCGACCUAGACCUGCUGUUCCAGAGUCCCGCCCGCCUGCUGAAGGAGCUGCACGCCGACCCAGAGAUCCAGCUGGAGCUCCAGGCUGAGAGGGAAGUGGCCAGAGUGGCGUUGGGUCAGUCGCUGUGCAGCCCGUCGAGUGGACGGCAGCAGAUACAGGCAUGUCUGCGCAGUGCCGCCCGUCUGGUGGUGAUGGCCACGGGUCUCCUCAUGAUUGUGCUUCCCCUCCUGCUCGUGCUGCUGGAGUCGGACCUGGACGUCUCAUUCUUGCAUGACAUCCGACAGACGCCUGAGUUUGAGCAGUUCCACUACGAGUACUACUGCCCCCUGCGUCGCUGGUUCCUCUGCAAACUGGAACUCUUGAUGGAGCAGCUCUGGGGCAACUGAGGGUCAGUGGGGAAUACAGGGAACGAGGGGCGGGGAUAUAACGGACAGGACAGAACAGGUUUGCUCUCCUACAUCACAUGAUUCAUUCAUUUACAUCUUUUGCAGAUCACGCCGAUACGUUCUCGUAGCAGUAAUGGAGCCAGUUUCCUAGCACUUGCGCUGUAGUUGUCUAGUGUCUAUCAGACAGCAACACGAGCCUUUAAAUGGUUCAUUAAAGCUGUAUGACUUGCACAUCUUUGGUAGAAAUGCAUUGGAACAUCAUACAUUUCACCAAUGAUGGAUAUGUAUGCUUUUUCAAUAUCUUCAUUCAUUUCAUCUGCCUGUUGUCAUAAACUUAAAAAAAAAGAGUGUCAGUCAGGGUCCAAAAUUAACAAUGGUAAUUGAAUUUUCUGGACAUAAAAGAUUUUAUUUUAAUUAAUUUUAUUUUACAGGUUUUUCUUAGUUUUUGGUGUUCCUGUGACUAUUAAUAAGCCCCUUUCUCUCUAUAUACAGUCCUUUUUUUGUUUUUUGGAAAGAAAUCAAUACUUUUAUUCAGAAAGAAAAUUCUAUUAUUUUACUAGAGUCAACUCUUUUAAAUUGACUCUUUGACUUUGUUUCUCAUAUUUCUGUUUUGCUGGCUAAAGAGCAGAAAUGUUAUACCACAUGGCCUCCUAGCGUAGUUUGUCUUGUACAGUAUUUCUUUGAUUUGAUUCACUUAUAAUCAGCGAUGGUCACUAUUUAAAUGAGUUAAGUAAAUUGGCCUGUAAAACAGCAACAAAAAAGUUUGCUUAUCCAUCAAAGCCAAUUUUAAUUUACAUGUGAUGCUUUCUAAAGUUAAUUGUGGACCCUGAUGCCGGUUUAAGUGUGAAAUCCUGUAUAAACACAUGUGAAAAGUCAAUUUCAAAUUAUUUGAUUUUUUUUUUGACCCAGUCAACCUCCAUAAGAACACAAAAAAUGCACGUCAAAUGUAGAAGAGGCACGGACAGGUAAUGAGCUCAGACCUGCUUCCCUAAAUCAAGACUUAUUUUCUUAAAAACCAAAUCACAGCUAUUAAGACUAGCAGAUUCUGACCUCAUAACACUGUAUUGGAAUAAAUCUCUGCCUCUUGCAGAGCAACACACACACAGAUAUGAGAGAGAGGGCAAGCUAUACAUGUUAAAACUCAAUAUCUGUUUUUAAAAUUUUAUAAAUUUUUAUGUGACGCUUACAGUUACUUAUAUUUUUUCAGCAAAAAAGCUUAAGUUUUGUUAUUUAAGCUGAUUUACACUAAAAGUAGGUGGUGUAUAAAUAUUUUUAUCACCAACAAAUUUACCUUAAAAUGCUGUGCUGUGUUUUUAUAUAGAAUAGCACAAAGUAUAAAAAUGUUUUUUUUUUUUCUUUUUCAGAUUUUCAGAUGUCAUGAGCAGAUGUCAUAGCAGGUUGCAAGUACAUUUGAGAGGCUCUUAACUAACCACUGCAAUCUCACAACAUAUAGUACAUUAACACAAAAUACAUUUAAAGAAGAUGCACGAAACCACCACAAAUCC